AUGUGGACAUUAAAAGAAUACCAAGGACGGAAACUUAUGUUUUCUGGGUUUGUUGGGUUAUCAUUUGAUAAAGAGCAUGAUAUUGUUGUCUGUGUAGAAGGAAAUAAGAUCUUACUGCACCUUGUCCACAAGCGCUCCAAGGGCCUGAUAAUACCUGAUCUAGCCACCAGUGUCCGGGAUUGUUUGUUUGUCAGUUUGGAGAGAAUAUCUGAAUUUUAUCAGUCAACUAUCCAUUGUAAAGCCAACAACAAGUUACCAUUCCAAACUGAGUAUUCCUGCUCAAAAUUAAACUGUUUUACUCCAGAAGAAUAUAUGGUUGUAGAUACAGAGGAAUUUCUUUGCGAACAUGGUGAAAACAUUAAACACAACUGGAGAGUUUGGAAUCAGAAACUGGAACAAAUGCAGUGUGAUCCUAGUUGUCCAGGUUUGAGUGAAUAUUCUUUAGAUCAAAUUCCAAGUAACCCCGAGUUGCUUCGUCUUUCUGGUAAUUGUGAGGAAGACUUGAUACAUGAGUUAGCACUUCGUCUUGGAAUGGAAGAGAUAGAUUGGAGAGAUAUUGGCAAGAAUUACACAGGAAAUACACAGAUGGUCAAGUUUUUGACACUUAUUCACUUGAAAAAGAAUUAUUCAAUAUGUUUUGGAGAUCUAGAUAAAAGUUUGCAAGAAAUGAAAAUAACAACACACACAUUAUGCAUGGUCAGAAGAAGAAAACAAGUGAAAUCUAGAAUUCCAGACGAUAUAUUAGAUUGUAUCCCAACAGAUGAAAUUUUAGACAAGCUAGCACCACAAAUUGGAAAAAUGGUUUUUCAACUUGGAACAGAACUCGGAUUGUCCAUAGCGGAUUUAGAAAAUAUCGACAAAUGUAGUCCCAAUUUGACAGCUCAAAAUAAGGAAGUGUUAUUUACUUGGAGAAAAGACAGAUCAGUAAAACCUACAAUACGGGUCAUUAAACAAGCUUUAGUUAAUAUAAGAAAAGGUGUACGUUGUUUAGAGGAGGUUGUGAAGAACAUAGAUGCAAAAACAUUAAGAGCUGUGGAAAUUGUUACAGAUAAAGUCAGAGAUAAUGCAGACAGAAUCAUACAGGACAUACAAACCAGCCAAAUUUUAGACCAUAUGAUGACACAUCUGGUGAUAUCAGUAGAUGACAGACGUCGUAUUGAACAACAUGCUGGACAAGAUGAUCAGAACAAAGCAUUGCUGGAUAUUGUGACCAAAAUGAGAGAACCUGCUUACAGUGUGUUUGUUGAUGGAUUACGUAUUUAUGGAUACGAAGAUAUCGCUAAUGAUUUGAAAUGUGAUUUCAGUCCAAGUCCAACAUCAACAUCUGCUGAAACUAAAGGCUUAUCAGUUUGUAAUGUUCCAUUAUAUAAAGUUCGUCUACAAAAGAACUACCUCAAGGUCAUAACUGAUAUACAACACGAGAACAUAGUAGAUCAUCUAAUAUCAAGAGAGGUAGUGUCAGUUGAUGAUGGGAAGAAGAUAGAAUCUGGUAAAACACCACAGGAAAAGAACAGGAAUUUAAUGGACAUGCUGUUGCGUAAAAAUGAACAGGGAUUUAAUGAAUUCCUCAAAGCCCUACGAAAAGACUCAAUUUAUGCAGAUCUAGCAGAUCAAAUAGAGAAGACAAAAGUUACUAGCACAGAUAUGGCAACCCUUCAUAAAUGCUCAAAAUAA